GUUCCAGAUUUUGUUAUCUCCUCUCCCAAUAAUUGGCUUCAAUUUUACGCCUCUGGGAUGAGAUAUAUGAAUCUAUAUACAUGAUUAUGGUGAUGAUCAUAAUUCGUACAAGAAUUCUUUUGGAUGGUGACGCUAUUUUACAUAUUUUAAAAGACAAGUGUGUGUGCAAGUUUUAAAGCGUUGGAGUGGAAAUCCGAGUGGCACUUUCUUUGUCUUCUUUUUGCAAAUUGGAUUGAUUCUUCACUUUUUCUCCACUCACUCAGCUGCGUUUUCUUUUAUCCUUUCUUGGCUCGUGUUUCAAGUUUGGAAUCAGUGUAUUUCUGUCUCUGAUUUUUGUUCUUGAGACAGUUACCAGAAACAUUCAGAAUUCAGAGUUUGAUAUCAGCUUUAAGUUUGACUCAUUCUGCACUGAACUUACUCAUCUCAACGUCACAUAGUGAUUUUUUGGUAGAGAAAAUGGCUGAGAAGCAGAAACCGUCUUCCUCAACAUCAUCAGGGGAUUGGAGGAGAAUACCACUUUGCACUUUCUUUAAGGAUACCAGACAAGUUUUCAAAUUAGAUAGUCUUGGUCGUGAAAUAUUGUCUAUUGCACUGCCUGCAGCAAUGGCUUUGACAGCAGACCCCAUAGCUUCACUGGUUGACACAGCAUUCAUAGGCCGAAUCGGUGCAGUGGAGCUUGCUGCUGUAGGAGUUUCAAUAGCUCUCUUCAAUCAAGUGUCAAGGAUUGCAAUAUUCCCCCUUGUCAGUUGCACAACCUCUUUUGUGGCUGAGGAAGACAGCAUCACCGGAGCAAGUCCUCCGGUAGAUGAAAGCGAAACCAUGGAAGCAGGUCCACCCUCUGAUGCUGAAACCAAAGAGUUCCUACCCCAGAAAGGUACCAUUGUUGGAAGUAUUCAGAAACUAGAUUUGGCUGGUGAAAGCUUUGACACAGUUGAGGAGGCGCAACAAAAGAAAAGGCAUAUCCCUUCGGCUUCAUCUGCAAUAUUUAUCGGCGGCAUCCUUGGCCUCAUCCAGGCAGUACUACUUAUAUCUGCAGCAAAACCUUUAUUGAACUUCAUGGGAGUAGCUUCUGACUCUCCUAUGCUACACCCUGCGCAACGGUACCUGACACUGCGGUCCCUUGGUGCUCCUGCGGUUCUUCUUUCGUUGGCGAUGCAGGGAGUCUUCAGAGGAUUUAAGGACACUAGAACUCCUCUAUAUGCUACUGUGGCUGGAGAUGUUACCAAUAUAGCAUUAGAUCCUUUAUUCAUGUUUGUAUUUCGCUUAGGCGUCAGCGGUGCAGCCAUUGCCCAUGUUAUAUCUCAGUACCUUAUUUCAGUUAUACUUCUAUGGAGGUUGAUGGAACAAGUUGAUCUUAUUCCUCCAAGCAUCAAGCAUUUGAGAUUUGACCGAUUUCUUAGAAAUGGUUUCCUAUUGUUAAUGAGAGUCAUUGCUGUAACAUUCUGUGUGACACUGGCCGCGUCUUUAGCUGCGCGCCACGGAUCAACAUCCAUGGCAGCUUUUCAAGUGUGCCUACAGAUUUGGCUGGCAGUGUCUCUUCUGGCUGAUGGUCUGGCUGUUGCUGGGCAGGCUAUUCUUGCGGGUGCAUUUGCUAAUAAGGACUAUGAGAAGGCCACAACAACUGCUUCGCGAGUAUUGCAGAUGGGAUUGGUUCUAGGUGUGGGACUUGCAUUUAUUCUUGGAACAGGAUUGCACUUUGGAGCUAAGCUGUUUACUGAAGAUGUUAAAGUCCUCCAUCUCAUUAGAAUGGGGAUACCGUUUGUAGCAUUAACACAACCCCUGAACUCAUUGGCAUUUGUAUUUGAUGGUGUCAACUUUGGAGCAUCUGAUUUCGCAUAUUCAGCCUUCUCUAUGAUUGUGGUGGCCAUCAUUAGCAUAGUAUGUUUACUUAUCAUGUCAUCUGCUGGUGGUUUCAUUGGAAUAUGGAUUGCUUUGACAAUUUAUAUGUCUCUUAGGGCCUUUGCUGGCUUCUUGAGGAUUGGAACAGGAUCAGGACCUUGGGAAUUCCUAUGGAGAUGAAUGCAAUCAUGUUUGAGUGGUGUUAUUGAUAUACAUUCAAGUGUACAGACCAAAGAAGGAAGAUUCCAACUGUAAUCUUAGUCUUGUAUGUAGAGAGAGAGUUUUGAAAUCAAGAAUAGCAUCGAGAUUUUUGUAUUUAACCAUGCUGUCCAUGCAGCAAGGUUAGUUUAUGAAAGUGUGGAUGACACUGAAAGUUUGCAUGAAACAUGUAGAUGAUGCGGAAUUCUUGUUUUCUUCAGAUUUGAACCUUAGAAAGUAGAAACUAUCAUGUUUAUAGUGGGUUCCAAUAUUGUUUUUUUCUUAUAUCAUUAGUUGACAUUUUAUUA